GAUUGUUUCAUUCAAAGAGAAGCUCACUCAAUAAGUUUGAGCUUUGAUUAAAUAUAUACAUAUAUUUGAUUGUAUUAUACCGUGGCAAUAAAACUAUUUGCACAAUCUAUUUUGCAUUAACAUUAAUCUGUGAACCAUGCCCGGAGAACCAUCUGUAACAAGCGCUAACAAAGCAAGCGGGAAAACCAAAAGAAUCUCAAUACCUCGUGUUCAAAGCAGCACAGAUACAGAAUUGCAGUCACAACAAAGUCAAAGUGGCUCUACACCAUUACAGCCUCUAGCACUGCACUAUGUAAGCUUUCGAUCAGAUAUCGAGGAAAGUCCUAUACCACCCGCACUGCGUUGUCGAUUAUUUGAUCUAUUUCAACAAAUUGAGAAAGAAUUUGAGAUGCUCUGCACAGAAAAUCUUGGAUUACAGGAAAAAAUAGAUAUAUUGAAUGAUCGAUUGGAAAGAGAAUGCUAUGGCUCUGGAGAACGCAGCCUACCUCCAGGAGAUAUUGCAGACUACCCAGAUACAAAAACGCUUUCCAAACAAAAAUCUAUGGUUAGCUCGUCUGCCCAGAAAAUAAAGACUUCACACAAACUUAAAGCUCAAACCAGUAAAAUUGUAUCAAGCUUUAAAAAUCCAACGAUGUCCUGUACUCUGCAAAAAGAAUAUGUUGGUCAUAGAGAUGGCGUAUGGGAAGUUUCAGUAGGUAGAUUGGGUCAACCAAUUAUAGCAACUGCAUCUGCAGAUCAUACGGCACGAGUUUGGGCAUCAGAUUCUGGACGAUGUUUGCUACAAUAUAUAGGUCACAAUGGUUCUGUAAAUUCUGUGAGAUUUCAUCCAACUAGAGAUCUUGCUUUAACGGCAAGUGGAGAUGGCUCUGCUCAUGUAUGGCAAGCAGCGGUUGAUUGGGAUUUACCUAAAAGAGUACCAUCCAUGGAAGAACUUUCAACGAUGGGUGCAGAAAGAACAGCUGCGAGCAGCAUUAUUAGCAACAAUGAGGAACUAGAGGAACCCCCUACUUUACGAACUCCAAUAAGAGAACUUGUAGGUCAUAUGGGUGUAGUCAUGGCAGCCGAUUGGCUACCUGGUGCUGAACAAAUAGUUACAGCAUCCUGGGAUAGAACUGCUAAUUUAUAUGAUACAGAAACUGGAGAAAUAAUUCAUACUCUUUGUGGACAUGAUCAAGAACUGUCACAUGUGUCUACUCAUUAUAUGCAAAGAUUAUGUGUCACAUCAAGUCGGGAUAGUACAUUUCGUUUGUGGGAUUUUAGAGAACCUAUACAUUCUGUAUCUGUUUUUCAAGGUCACACAGAAACAGUAACUUCGGCAGUUUUUACACGAGAGGAUAAAAUUGUAUCAGGGUCUGACGAUAGAAGUGUUAAAGUAUGGGAACUACGUAAUAUAAGAAGUCCUUUAGCGACAAUUCGCGGUGAUAGUGCUGCUAAUAGAUUGGCUGUUUCAAGUAUAGGAGUUGUAGCUAUACCACAUGACAAUAGACAAAUACGUUUAUUUGAUUUAACUGGACAACGUUUAGCAAGAUUACCAAGGACUAGUAGACAGGGUCAUCGCAGAAUGGUCUGUUCAGUAGCAUGGGCAGAAGAUAGCAGUAGUAUUUGUAACUUUUUUUCUUGCGGAUUUGAUAGAUUAGUGGUAGGAUGGAGUAUUCUUCCUGUCAAAGAUGCCUGAGCAUCAAAAUCUGUUAGUAUUAGAUCGAUCCUUACAUUAGAAUAACAUUGGACAGAGAGGCAAUGUAGAAA